GGAGGAUGAGGGGGCGUCGCGGCGGCGCUUGUGUUGCAGCCGCGCUCGUCUGACCGGGCCCCGCGGUCCUCGCCGCUUCCUCCGUGCCGCCGUCCGUACGCCCCGCACCGCGCCGCCGCUCGGGGCGGGAGAGUCGCGGAGAGUGGAUGCCUAGCGGGCACCCACGGGGCAGAGACCCGCGGACGCCAUGGGCUGCUGCAGCUCCGCCGCGCAGAGUUCUAAGCGAGAGUGGAAACCUUUGGAAGACCACAGCUGCACAGAUGUACCAUGGCUGCUCUUAUUCAUCCUCUUCUGCAUAGGAAUGGGUUUUAUCUGUGGCUUUUCAAUAGCUACUGGAGCAGCUGCAAGACUGCUUUCGGGAUAUGAUAGUUACGGAAAUAUUUGUGGACAGAAAAAUGUAAAGGUGGAGGGAAUAGUCAACAGUGGUCUGGACCUCACACACAAGAAGUAUGUAUUCUUCUUGGAUCCAUGCAACAUUGAUCUAGUACAUCAGAAGAUUAAGUCUAUUGCCUUGUGUGUAUCAGCUUGCCCAAGGAAAGAACUGAAAACUCUGGCUGAUAUACAGAAAUUUGCAGAAACUAAUGGAUCCACUCUGUGUAGCUAUGAACUACAGCCAUCAGAAUAUACAACAGACCCAAGGGCUGCCAAAUUAUGUCCUAAAUAUCCUGUUCCAGAGAGUGCACCUAUUCCAUUCUUCCAUCGCUGUGCUCCUGUGAACAUUUCCUGCUAUGCCAAGUUUGCAGAGGCCCUGAUCACCUUUGUCAGUGACAGUAGUGUCUUACACAGGCUGAUUAGUGGAGUUAUGACCAGCAAAGAGAUUAUAAUGGGACUUUGCUUGUUAUCACUAGUGUUGUCCAUGAUUUUGAUGGUUAUAAUAAGGUACAUUUCAAGAGUACUUGUCUGGAUUUUAACAAUUCUUGUCAUUCUGGGAUCACUUGGUGGUACAGGAGUUCUGUGGUGGCUCUAUGCUAAACAACGAAUAUCUGCUGGUGCUCUUGAGACCCAAAUAGCCAAAGACAAUCUUCAGGCUCUCUUGAUCUAUGCCAUUGCAGCUACAGUCUUCACGGUUAUCUUGUUCUUGAUCAUGUUAAUUAUGCGCAAAAGAGUAGCUCUCACCAUUGCCCUGUUCCACGUGGCUGGCAAGGUCUUCAUUCACCUGCCGCUGUUAGUCUUCCAGCCAUUUUGGACAUUCUUUGUGCUUAUCCUCUUCUGGACAUACUGGAUCACAGUCCUGCUUUUUCUUGGUACUACAGGUAGUCCAGUCCCAAAUGAAGAAGGAUUUGUUGAAUUCCGGAUGGCAGGUCCUUUGAAAUACAUGUGGUGGUACCAUGCAGUGGGACUCAUCUGGAUCAGCGAGUUUAUCCUAGCCUGUCAGCAGAUGACAGUAGCAGGGGCUGUUGUAACAUACUAUUUUACAAGGGAGAAAAGAAAUCUGCCAUUUACUCCUAUUCUGGCAUCUGUUAAUCGCCUUGUUUGUUACCACCUAGGAACAGUAGCAAAGGGGUCUUUCAUUAUCACACUAGUGAAGAUACCACGAAUGAUUCUUAUGUAUAUUCACACACAACUCAAAGGAAAGGAAAAUGCUUGUGCUCGCUGUAUGCUUAAAGCCUGCAUUUGCUGCCUUUGGUGUCUAGAAAAGUGCCUGACAUAUUUAAAUCAGAAUGCGUAUACAGCCACAGCUAUCAACAGUACCAAUUUCUGCACCUCAGCAAAGGAUGCCUUUGUUAUCCUAGUGGAAAAUGCUUUGCGAGUGGCUGCCAUAAACACAGUUGGGGAUUUUAUGCUGUUUCUAGGAAAGGUCCUGAUUGUCUGCAGCACAGGUUUGGCCGGCAUUAUGUUGCUGAAUUACCAACAAGAUUACACCAUCUGGGUGCUGCCACUCAUCAUUGUCUGCCUCUUUGCAUUCCUGGUUGCUCACUGCUUCCUUUCCAUUUAUGAAAUGGUUGUUGAUGUCCUUUUCUUAUGUUUUGCCAUCGACACAAAAUACAAUGAUGGGAGCCCUGGCAGGGAAUUCUACAUGGAUAAAGUUCUCAUGGAGUUUGUGGAGAAUAGUAAGAAAUCUAUGAAAGAAGCUGGCCGGGGAGGUGGAGCUGAGGGCAGAGAGCUAAAACCAAUGGCCUCUGGAGCAAGUUCAUCUUGAAACUAGCCAGCCAUAUUGGAACCCAUUGACAUUCCAAAACAGUAUAUAUAUACAUAUAUACAUACAUACAUAUAUAUAUAUAUAUACAUACAUACAUACAUAUAUAUAUAUAUAUAUAUAUAUAAACAGCCAAAAUCAGAUAAAAGGAACAGGGAUUUAAAACUUUUUUUAACAAUUAUUUUUGUGAAACAUGUACUCUUUUCAUACGGGUGGCUUUUACAAGCAGCUUUAUCAUUGUUCCAUUUCUUAAAUUAUUUGUUGUGGUCAUGGAAAUGUUGAUUCUUCUUAUCUGCUUGAUAUUUUGAAAUCUGGAGGAAGUAUCAUUGUAAAGAUAAUCUGAAAUCAUGACUGGGUUUAGAGACAGAUUUCCCAUGACACUGCUAAUCUGCUGAGGGUUUUACUUGUUUAAUUUCUUUAAAAUCUGCAUUAAAUUCAGGACAGUGACAUGUACAGAAAACCUUAAAAUCAAGAAAAGUCUCAAAUUUAUUUUUUCAAGAGGUCAUUUCAGCAAAAAUUUGUUCAGUUGAAAUGUGUUUGUAAGCAGUUAUUUUACUUUACAGCCCUGGCAGGGCACAGUUCUGUUUACCAGUAUCAGAUAUCACAAUAACCAACUCCUCAGGUAUUUAGGUGUGUGGGAGCCCUUGCAUCUCCUAUUAAACAGAACCUACAAAAUGGGGACAGAUAAUUUUUAUAUGCAAUUAACUUCCUGCUUACCCUACUUUUACCCCUCAUACCCAUUGCCCUCUAUCCUCCCCCUGAGUUCAGUAGCCUCCUUCACACUUCAGCAGUGCUCCUGUGAAGGGUAUGGAUUCUCCAUACGGGCAAGUGAAAUAACAGAUUGUUAAAGCUCAGUCUUAGCCAUACUCAUGAUUAAUUCAUGACUAGAUACAAAGAUGCUGAGGAUGGGAAGAAAAAUGAAUUAUACUGCUGUACAUAAAAAAGUACUGUAUGCUUCAUUUCAUCUAAUGAGAGAUCUCUGGGAGGUAGAAAGGACCAUUCCUUGCCUGUUGCUUGAUCCAUAUUUGUAAAUACUGUAGUGGGUGGCUAAAGCCAGAAAGGGCAGAGAAACAUUCCUUUGGAAGUGUAGCUGUCAGGAUAGUUAUCUGAAAUUAUUAAAUAAUGACAAGAGAACAUGCUUUUUUAAUUAUUAUUAGAUACAUAAAUAUCUCUUUAGUCUGGAAGUUCACCAGAUAUGAAUGCUAAUAUUCAAUUUUUCAGCAUAGUGAAUUGGUAAAUGCAUAACUGUAUUUGCUAAGAAUUGAUGAUCUGUCUAUGCUAUAUAUUCCUUUUGUUAACAUUUUUUUAAGAAAACUAUUUUUGUUAUUGUAAUGUUAAUAUUUCAGAGCAGAAUUUUUAAACUUAUUGCACUAAAUACAAGCUGUCUACAAAAAAUGAUGCCUCAAUGGUUCAACCACUCCAUUCCAGAAAAUCUUUUGAAGGAGUAAGAGCCUUUCUACGGAAGCUUUAUGAUGGAGUAGAGAGGUAUGUCUAGGUAAAGACAUGCACAACUCGUGUAAUCAAGGUUUAGUAAGUAAGCAGUUAACUGUGCUUCCUUUCAGACUAUCAGACUUCCAAAUUGCUGCUGAAGGUUUAUAAUAUAUAUAAUUAUGUAGUAUCAUUUAGCUAACUAGUGCUCUUAUCUUUUUGGCAAUAGUAAAACAUUUCACUUUUGCUUCCAGAAGUCAUUUGAUAACUUAAAUUUGUUACUUUUUUUUUUCCUAUAAGCCAGUUAAAACAAUUUACACUUUUCAUAUCACAGAACCCAAACUAUUUGAAUGGUACAAAAAUAAAGAUACAUUCAGAAAGGAUAGCUUGGGGAGUUGGGGAGGCAAAGAGAAUUAUCCAGUCCUGGAAGCACUUACUAAUUUAAGUGAACCAUAUCUGUAACUACUAGCAUCAGGAGGGCUCUCUAAGUAUGGAAAUUGUAAUGUACACAUCUGUGUAAGUGCUGACUGGACUAGAGCUUCAGCCUAGGGAUUCAAACUGGAGCACAGGUGAGGCCUCUCUGUGCAAGUUAGAGGUCAGACUUGCCCAGAAGAAACACUGGAGCAGCCUUACUUUUGUGGAGAGGAGACAUUCCUGCAGUCCAGUGUCUAAGAUAGCAGUGGUACUCAACACCAGUAUUUGUGUAGAUCAGAGAGGUUUAACAACACAAAUUUAAAAACUAGCUUAGAUGAAUCCUAGAAACUGGUUUUCAAGACUAAAAGACUUAUCAAGUACCCAGUUGCUUCCAGAGAAUCUAGUUUCAUCUUGUUUGGAGGUUAUGGGAAGUGCUUAAUCAAAGAAGCCUUGUAUUCUGCUCAUUUUGAUAAAAAAAAUUCUGCCAUGACUGGUUCCACAAGUUUGUGUUCUCCACUCACUGGAUGUCCUGAGUGGGAACUGUAUUCUGUAAUUGCAACUAGGACUGCAAUUGGAAACAAAUUUUGUAUUUUUGUAUGACUUGACUGUGCACCAUUUUUAUAGCAGUUUAUCCUGUCUUAAAAAUAAAUUUGUUUAUUUACAUGGUGUAUAAAAGAUACAGGAAACACUUUUCUAUGGGUAGUUGUAAUGUUUAAGUGAGAAACCUAUAUAAUUACACAGUUCUUAAUAAAAACAUGUGCACCAUUCUUGAGUGUAUAUCCAGCAUGCAGAGCUUUCCAGUCUUGCCAAAAAGGCAUUCCAUCCACACACAGGCUUUCCAGUGGCCCUUUAAAGGUUUUGAAUGUCCAUUGAUGUUCAUUUGCAACCAAACUACAAGCUGCCCUCUUCCAGCUCUGUCUUGUGCACAGAGAUAAGCAGAAGACAGAAUUCUGAAAAGACAACUUUUCAGGACAAAUUUAGACUGCUUUCCUUCCCUAGUGGGGAUAGUGGAGUGGGAGGACAUUUUGGCAUUUAAAUCCUAUACAUAAAUUUUGGCAGUAGGGAUGCUGGGGUCUGCCAGCUGUGAGGGAUUAAACACUCCUUUUGACUGUUGGUUAUUAAAGCCAGUGUAUGGUCUGCUUUGUGGGAAGCAGUCUAGACUAAGUAGAGAGUGAUGCUGCACUGAGAAUAACAAUGCAGGAGGAGCAGAUGAGACAGCUAAAACAGAGAAAUCAUCUUCUCAGAAAGUCCAUUGAAUUGAGUAGUGCUAAAAGACUGGAAAUUUAGGCUGGACAAUUUGGAUUUAGAAACAAUCAUUGGGAUUACUGCUUCCCAGCAUUUGGUUUCUGCAUCAUAGCCUCUGACCAGCUAAGUUUCAAACAGAAAAAGCAUACCAAUCCUUAAAUUGUUAAAUUUUUUCCCCACAUUAUUUUUUCUGUUUGGAAGUUGAACAGCACCAUAUCUUUACUGCUUCUUCCGGCCCUAGAAAAAGUUUUUUGUUUUUGUUCUUUUGCGUCUCAUUUCCAUAUUGCUCUCUGAGUAAAAGAGUGGCAAGUGGCAGAGUUCAGCUCGCCUUUGUCCCUUGAUCUUACCACAUUCCCUUUUACCUUCCCAAGGUAAUGAUUCAGGAUAUUACCUGUACUGAAUGAGAGGGAGAGUAUGUGCUAAGCUGAAGUUUUUCUUUUUUCUUUUUUUUUUUUGUCGGGUGUUACUCCAUCACUGUGAUUAGAAGUGCAGCCAAUCACUUCUAGAGUUUCACUGCUGCUCCACAGCUAGGCUUAACACAUCGGAUGGCCAGCUUAGAUUUGCAUCUUCAGCUUUCAAUGAGCUCCCAGUGCCAGGAUGGGCUUCUAAAUGUGGCCUUACAUUGGCAUAGUGAAUGAAGGACUUUUGUAUUUGAAAAGUGUUUUCUAUAAGGGAGACCUAACAGUGGAAAAUGCAGUUAAAUGUUGUGGUGGGUUGACUAUGGCUGUCACAUACACUGCUACUCUGUUGCUUGCUCAGUCCCUGCAACAGGAUGGGAGAGAGCAGUGAAAAGACAAAAACAUUGAUAAAAGUGCAGUUCACUAAGCAAAAUGUGGCGGGGGGGG